UUGAAACCCAGAUGGAGAAUUUUAACCUAACUGUUGCAUUGAUUUAACAUCAUCCAUAGCCCGGGAGUGGAUGGAUGUAAAGGCUUGUUGCUGGGGAGGACGCUCGGACAAUCAUCAGACCUGAGGUGUCUUACUCAUGAGCUUUUGAUGUAACUGCAGCAAGAAAAGCCAUGGGAAGGACAGUGUUUGUAGUUCUUCUGAUCCUGUUUGCUGUGAUGCUGAUGGGCACUGGGGCCAAAAAUUGUGUCUGCUCAGGAAGAUCAAAGUGCAAAUGCGAAGGAGUGAAAGGCAACAGGGGAGACAGGGGUUUUCCAGGUGAUCCAGGUCCCUUAGGGGCAGAGGGUCAUCGAGGAUCUGCUGGUCAUGCUGGGCCUAUGGGACCAAAGGGAAACACUGGGCCUCAUGGACCUGAGGGCCCAAAAGGCGAUCCGGGACCAGAGGGCAAAGAAGGAUUUGCUGGGUCUCAUGGUUUACCGGGUGUCCCAGGUUUACAGGGGGAACCAGGCCCUGCAGGAGCCCCAGGCUGCAAUGGAACUGAUGGAGAAGAUGGUCAUCCUGGUAUUCCUGGGGCCCAUGGUAUUGAUGGAUCUCCAGGUCCAACAGGUGUGCGUGGACCAAAGGGUGAAUCUCAGGUAUUAAUAGAUGUGACACUUCAGCCUGGGCCACCUGGGAGGAAAGGAGAGCCGGGUGAUCCAGGUUCCCGUGGAGUGCUUGGACCACAAGGAGACCAAGGACAACGGGGCGCUGAUGGAUUUCCUGGCCAUCCAGGGGCUGCCGGAUCUAAGGGUCAAGAAGGCUUGCGCAGUAUCCAUGGACCUCGUGGACUGAAGGGGCGGCGAGGACCACCAGGCCCACCUGGGCCACCUGGUCGGAUUAAGGAGUUUUUCUCUGAGGCUGCUGUGUUAAAGGGAAUAAAAGGACCACAAGGGGAUAUAGGAGAAAAAGGAUGCAAAGGUGCUCGAGGGGAUCCUGGUAAUAGCUAUAACACAAAAGGAUCAAAGGGACACAAUGGACAGGAGGGUCCACAAGGAAAGCCAGGGAAGGAUGGUGAUCCUGGACAAUCUGGAUUAAAGGGAAGGGCUGGCCUCAGAGGUCAUCCAGGAUAUCCAGGGACACCAGGAGGGAUGGGUGAAAAAGGAAAUAGGGGUCCCCCUGGUCCACCUGGAGAAGUACCGGAGAUUGAACUACUGAAAGGAUACUGCGGAGAUUCUGGUCCCCCAGGACCACGUGGGCCCCCUGGGCCUCAAGGUGUUGUGGGGUUUCCUGGACCUGAUGGACCUCCAGGACGAUUACCUGGGAAUUAUUUGCCAGGCCCACCUGGUCCCAAUGGCUUUCCAGGCCCCAAAGGGGAUGCUGGGGAGCCAGGGGAUAUUUAUACUGGACUCCCAGGUCUAGAUGGGGAUCCUGGUGAUCAAGGGCCUCCUGGAGAGCCAGGCCCACCUGGACCUCCUGAAGACAGAAAUAACAGGAUUGUCAAGGGUCUACCAGGAAUGAAGGGAGUGAGGGGUAUGCCUGGACCAAUGGGAUAUGAUGGGACAUAUGGAAUGAAAGGAGAGAAGGGGGAGGCCUGUUAUGAGUGUGCCGGACCAGGACCUCCAGGACCACCGGGACGCCCCGGUCCACCUGGCACCCCUGGAUAUUAUCAAGGAUCAGGACCCAAAGGUGAUCCAGGCUUCCCAGGACCUAGAGGCCCACCUGGAAUACAAGGUCCUAUUGGUGAAACAGGAUUUCCAGGCCUCCGUGGACAAAAAGGAGAAUCGUAUUCCUACAACAGCCCUGGGAUAAAGGGAGACAAAGGAGAACGAGGACAGCCUGGCUGGCCUGGUGAAGAUGGUCAUCCUGGGACUCGUGGGUUACCAGGCCACAAAGGCCACAAAGGCCCACCAGGGGAUCCGUAUCCCUUCCCUGGUGAGAAAGGAGAUGUUGGUUUCCCAGGUCUACCGGGGUCUAUGGGCAAACAGGGACCAGAUGGCUAUCCUGGGCCAGUGGGAUAUGGGCUUCCUGGACUUCCAGGAAGUCAGGGAGAUACUGGGGUACCUGGCUUUCCUGGACCGCCUGGAUCUCCAGGCCAGAAAGGGGAACCCAGCCACAACCACCUCAAAGGAAUUCCUGGGCCACCUGGCUUUAAAGGUCUGCGUGGUUCAUGUGGAAGCCCAGGUCAGCAUGGUAGCCCAGGUAUCCCCGGGAUACGAGGUUCUCCAGGGCAGAAAGGAGAAAAAGGUGAUGUGUCGUUCCCUGGAAGGCCGGGAAUCAAAGGAGAGAAAGGUGACAAGGGGCAGCGAGGGUACCCAGGCAUCACAGGUACGGGCUUGCCUGGUCGGCCAGGUCAACAAGGCCCUCCUGGUUCUCCAGGACUGAAGGGUGAGGGUGGCCGUGGAUACCCUGGACCCCCAGGCCCUGCAGGGCCUCCAGGUGAAGACGGAGCACAGGGACCUGAAGGAGAUCCUGGGACCCCUGGCAGACCUGGGAACCCUGGCCCACCAGGCAAUAGUGGUUUCCCAGGAGAAAAAGGUAAUAAAGGAUCUAUAGGGCCCCCAGGAUUACCAGGUACUAAAGAUUCAUGUAAUUCACCUGGACCAGAGGGACCAGCUGGACCAGAUGGUGAUCCAGGAUAUCCAGGAUCUGAUGGCCUGCCUGGUGUGAAGGGAAACCCAGGUUUACCUGGGUUUGGUCAUCCUGGCUCCACUGGUGAGCCUGGUCCAGCUGGGUCAUCAGUGCCAGGUUCACAAGGGUCUCAUGGACAAAAAGGGAUCAAGGGACAAAAUGGCCUGCCUGGUCAACCAGGACUCAGAGGAGACCCUGGACUAGACGGGAUAUCAGGACAUGGACCAGGAGGAUUGCCUGGGAUUUUAGGACCACCAGGCCAAAUAGGUGACCCCGGCCCUAAUGGAGCCAAAGGAUACUGGGGCCCACCAGGCAUUCCUGGGGACCCGGGUCCCAGAGGUCCCAGAGGUCCUCCAGGCUCUCCUGACGUACCAGGCCCUGGGCCCCCAGGGGACCCUGGUGAUCCAGGUCAAGAUGGUCAAGCUGGUCCCCCUGGAAAUCCUGGAUGUACUGGACCAAAAGGGCAGAGAGGGAUUGAGGGACCACCAGGGAGACCUGGACAGAGAGGUCCAGCAGGUGAUCCAGGUGUUGAUGGACUAGCGCUCUCAGAAGGAAAUCGAGGACCCGCUGGUGCCCCGGGAGACCCAGGAAUCAGAGGCCCUCCAGGCCUGAAGGGAAUAAAAGGAGAUCAAGGAAUCCCAGGAGAGCCAGGUUCAGAUGGUUCAUCAGGUCUAACUGGUCCCAAAGGACAUAAAGGAGAGCCAAGCUACCAUGGAUAUGGCACACCUGGACCAAUAGGACAAAAGGGUGAACCAGGAUUAAGCAAUACUGAUACAACGAAGGGUCAGAAAGGAGAACUUGGCUUUUCUGGGGCUACAGGUGCACCAGGAACCUGUGGAGUCAAAGGAAAUCCAGGACCUGAUGGACUAAAUGGUUCACCAGGCUAUCAAGGGCCUCAAGGUUCAGAUGGGCGCCAAGGAUGCAAAGGCCACCCAGGACCCAAUGGACUGCCAGGUCCCCCAGGCUUGCCAGGUGUCUCUGGUAAUCCAGGUCCUAAAGGCAACAAGGGCCAGGAUGGGAUUCCUGGACCAGCGGGGCCAAAAGGAGACACUAUCAUGAGAGGAGGGAAUCCUGGUAGGCGUGGUGACACAGGUCAACCAGGCCCCCCUGGGAAUCCUGGUCCUCCUGGCCCGCCUGGCACAGCAAGUCCUGGACCAAUAGGAGACAUAGGGCUCUCAGGUCCACCUGGGGUCCCUGGUCAGAGAGGACCACCAGGAAGAGGGGUUACAUGUAGUCCUGGGUCAAAAGGAGACCGCGGCCUUCGUGGCAAUCCUGGUAGCCCAGGCUAUCCUGGCUUACCUGGUCCUCCAGGACCCUCCAUACCUGGUUUGAAAGGAGACAGAGGGGACAUAGGGCCUAGAGGGAUCCCAGGCCAUGCAGGACCCAGAGGAGAUCCGGGGCCUCCAGGAUCAAAUGAUUCAAAAGGAAGACCUGGACACCCAGGACCAAGAGGUGACCCUGGUCCUCCUGGAAGCCCUGGGCCCUCUGGUGAAAAGGGAAACCCUGGAUACACACCGGGCCCACCUGGUCGGCCUGGGAUCAAAGGUUUUCCUGGACGACCUGGCUCCAAAGGUCGACCAGCGUUUCCUGAUGUGAUAUAUGAACCAGGACCCCCUGGCUUUCCUGGUUUCCCUGGCAAUAAAGGAGCCCCAGGGAGGACUGGCCCACCAGGUCCACCCGGCCAUAUAGGCCGGCCAGGUGCCAAGGGAGUCCGUGGUUCCAGUCCAGUCGGCCAGCCUGGAUUUCCCGGCCGCAAAGGAGACAAAGGAAUAUCAGGACUGCCUGGUCCAACAGGCAGACCUGGAAACCCAGGCCGCAAGGGUCCUCCAGGGUUGCCAGGCAGAUUUGAUGCAGGUUAUGUUGACAGUUUCCUGAUAGCCCGACACAGUCAGAGCAUUCAUGUCCCUAACUGCCCUCAAGGCACCAGCUUUAUCUACUCUGGCUACUCCUUCCUCUUCAUCAAUGGAAAUGAAAGAGCUCACGGGCAGGACCUCGGUUCCAUGGGAAGCUGUCUCCCUCGUUUCACCACUAUGCCCUUCCUUUUCUGUGAUACGGAAACUAACUGCCGCUAUGCUUCUCGUAACGACUACUCAUACUGGUUAUCCACUGACACACCUUUGCCUCCCAGUAUGGUUGCUAUCACAGGGGAUCAAUUGGCCUCCUACAUCAGCAGGUGCUCAGUGUGUGAAGUUAACUCCAAUGUCAUAGCCAUCCACAGCCAGACAAUUCGGAUACCAGAAUGUCCCAGAGGCUGGGAGUCCCUGUGGUUUGGAUACUCAUUUGUCAUGGAAACGGGUGUUGGUGCAGAGGGUUCCUCCCAGCCCCUGGUUUCUCCUGGCUCAUGUCUUGAAAGUUUCCGCAAAGUGCCCUUCAUCGAGUGUCACGGCAGGGGAACGUGUAACUACUACCCUGAUUCCUAUAGCUACUGGCUGGCCCCCAUCAACCCCAGUAACAUGUUCAGUAAACCUAUUCCUGAGACAGUGAAGGGACCCUCUCUGCACAAUGUCAUUGGCCGAUGUCGGGUCUGCAGGAAAUCAUGGCAACCUGGCACAGAUCACGGACGUGGAGACAGUGACAGACGUGGAGACAGUCUUUAACAUUCAGUAUUUUGUUUUUCAAUGUCAUGAACACAAUGGUUAAUGUGAGGUAAAACACUCAUUUGAUAAACAGGCGUUUUCCUUACAAGUCUGCAUUUAUGAAUCUCUGAAUAAAGCACACCUCAGCAUUUACAAAAUUGCCAGUCAUUUUUGAUGGCAGUUGUUGUGCAAGGUCUGAUGAUAAUGAUGAUCUACAUUAAAAUUAAUGACACAUUUCAUGAUCCAUUAUAUCUUACAGAGGCAGUAGUGUGCCAUGGUUGGGUAAUUACUGUAUUUCGGUGGUACACUCAAGGCUCAAUAAUAGCGGAAAGUAGUAGCAAUAAGGAUAUGUAAUGAUACUAUUAGCAACAUGGCACUGUCCUCUUAAGGAUGUUUUCUACUUUGUAAAUGAUUUUACUUUUGUGUCCACCUAGAUAUCUGUUGUUCUUUAAAUGCAUCAUCCUACAUCAUUCUCUUUUUUUUUUGGAAACUUUCCUCUAAUGUAAUUGCUGUUAAUAAUAUUAGACAAUCCGCUGAUAUAUUGGACACAAGCCAUCUGUGACUUAGACAAAGCUAGACUGUGACCAUGUACCUUAAUAGAUAAGAGCACAGCACCUACAUUGCCCAUGGUGCCAUUCACAUGUGAUACUAAACAUAUCAUGUAUAAAAACAUGCCCCUUAAUGCCUAUGACUACUGAAAUUAUAAUGAACCAAUUCUUGCAGUGAGUCAUGGACACAGUAUUUGCUGGUUUGUUCUGAGUGACCUGAAAAGACUGGUGCAGUCCAGUCAAUGAAUGACGUAAAAACUAUUAGCACACAAUAAAUGACACACGCGUUCCUGUGACAUCUGGAGAAGAAGCAUGUCGUAAAUUUGACCCUCUUGCUUCGGAAUUGUUAUGUUGUGUUUUCACAUCCAAAAUAUAGAGUCAUUUGUGCACUCACUUUAAAAGCAUUUCUAUGAAUUUCAAGCUUGUUAAAUGGUGCAUGGAAAAGAUAAAACUUUAUGACUCAUA